GAUUAUGUUGUAAUUUUGUUGCGUAAGUAGGUUAAUGUUGCUGGGUAAUUGUCAUUUUCUGUUGAUAUUAUUAAUUUUAUCAAAAAAAUUGACAAAGUCAGAGGAAUACAUGUCUAAAUUACUAAUUUUAUGCAAUUAUAAGUUUCUAAGAAAAGACGGUACUUGUGGGAGGAAAUUGUACUUGAGAGCUGGCCUAUUGUUUGAUUAUUUAGUUUCUAGUACAUAGUACUGUUUUAAGGUUGUAAUAGUAAUUUGUUGUUUGUUUCUUAGUUGACUGACAUAUAUUCUAGUAAUAUUUACAUAGAUUUUCCUUGGAAUUUCCAUUUGUUUGAUGCUAAAAAGCUUGUUCUUGAAUUUUGGAGAUAUUGUAUGAUCAAGAUUGUAUCUAGGUUGUUUUCAAGAUAAUUGAAAAUAUUUAUAUUGCACUUUCUAUCCGCGUUCCCGUGUUCUUAGGCAUGGAAAUAUCUACAAUGAAAUUCUUUAUGCUGUCUUUGUCAAUGUGAGGUGAGGCAUGUAGUAAUUUGGAAAAUUGGUCGGAAUUCUUGGUCGAUGUGGCUUAGUUAGAGAAGAAAUUCUAAUUAAUAAUGACCAAAAAGGCUAUAAAUACACUGAGCUUUUAAUUAGGUUCUUCCCUCUUCUUUUUCACUUUUUCAUUAAUCUUCCUGAUUGAUGUCAUCAUAUGUUUUCUGAGGUUCUGGCUAAUAUUGAAGAAGGGAGAGUCUUAUAACGGGUUUAUGGGGAUCCAUCAUUAAGCUAUAUUUUCUGUUGUUGAUGGUAUUCGUACUGGUCUAGUUUAGAGAAUUGAGGUGUUUAAAAGCUGAUCAAAAGGAAUUGGCUUCAGCUUUAAAGGCACAUUUGGUUUAGAGAACUGUUUAAGUGGUGAUUCAAACAGUUGAUCAAAAGAGAAUUUGUCAAGGCACCUUUUGAUUUGAGGUGCUGAUACACAUUCUUCUGCGGCUCUGCCUCUGUUAAAGGUUCUUGUCCUGAACUCCUGAUUCAGUUUAGAGGACUGAGGUGAUUUCAAUAGAGAAAUUAUCAAACAGCUAUGGGUAGCCAGCCGUGGGAGGAACAUCAUGUCCUACCUGAGCUUAAAGAAAAUCUGGAAGAACUGUUUCCUGGUCUUACUAUUGAAGAGGCUCUUCAGCAUCAGGAAAGUCUUUACCAGUCCCUAAAGAUUAGCUGUCUAACUAUAGACCAAAUAGCUAGAUCUUCUGACAAUGAACCAAGCAGUAGCCAUGAGCAUUCAUGGGGAGAAUCAUCAUUUUCAGGAAGUUGUGACUAUGAUUUGGCAUUGGAUGAAGCUGUGGCUAGAUCUUUGCAAGAGUUAGAUUUAGAAGAAGAAAUUGAUCAUGAUGCCAUUUCAGAAUCACUGCGUAGUGCUUCUAGGAACUCUGAACCUGCUGCUGCUGCUGGCACAUCUGUCUCGGAGACAAUUCAGGAUUCCGUUGAUCCAGAUGAAAUGACUUAUGAGGAGCUGCAGUCCUUGGGGGAAGCAAUUGGUAGUGAGAACCAAGGAUUAUCUAAGAGUGAGAUAUCCAGUUUGCCACGUCACACACACAAAUCUGGGAUUUUCUCAAAGAAGAUCGAUAUUGGAGACUGCGUGAUCUGUUUUACAACAUAUAAAAACAGGGAUUCUAUUAUCAGUCUGCCAUGUUUACAUCAAUAUCAUAAAGAUUGUAUAGAGCCUUGGCUAGUGAAGAAAAGGAUUUGCCCGCUCUGCAAAAAGGAAGUUAAGUUGUCAUGAGAUUGACCUAGCCAUGCAUCGUGCAGUACAUCCAACCACCAUAUUGCUACAAGUUCUUUAGUAUAAGAAGAAAGUGAGGGAUAACUCAAGUGUUUAGAGCUUCCUUCCCGGUUUCAGGAGAUCCUAGAAUCGAUUCUCACCCCCGCCCUUGUGGCUCUCUAAACACUAAAAAAAAAAAAAAUCAGUAUAAGAAGCACCUAGUUGUGUAAAAUUUGGUUACUUCUAUUGUUUGUUUGUUUCUUUCAUUAGGGUGGAAUGUAAAAAUAUUUCACUUCUGCAAUUUAAGAUUGAUGUGGUUGCAUCCAUUUGUAUGAAAACUCGAGUCAUAUGUAGUAUUUAGUAUAUAUGAAGGUUGUAAUUUGUAAGAUACCAAUGUUUUUCUGAGCUUAAAGUUAUGUGGUGUUGCUUUC